AUGGUGAGGAAGAGGACGAGGGAGCUGUACACCAGAGAGGCGGCGGAGUUCCUUCGUCACGUGGCGCAGGAGAAGCCCCUGCUGCCGUUCCUGAUCCCGCUGGCCUUUCUGGCCUGGGCCGUAGAACGAUGGCUGACCCCCAUCUCCAACUGGGUUCCCCUCCUUGUCGCAGUCUGGUGGACGAUCCAGGUAGAAGCUCCUCCUGCCAUUUAUUCUGCUUGUUCGAUUCUUGAAGCUCUCCCGUCUUCUUUGUUGAUAUGAGCUCUCCCUUCUUCCUGGUUUUCCGCUGCUCCUCCCUGUGUUUCUUCUGAACGUCCAUGGGAACUGAUCAAUUGACGCCAUCGCGCAUCGGCUCCAUCAAUCCGGUUGACGUUUCAUGUCGAGGUGCAGCCUUGCCAGCUCCCUCUCUCACUGAAAUUUUACUCCACGUAGCCCGGUUUAGAUCACAAAAGUUCUUCAUCUCCCUCCUGGAUGCGGCACAGAGUGUCUCCCUCUGUUCCUGCAGUGAAUGGGAAGGCUCAGACCCCGUCCUUCGUCUUAUUAUUUUCCUUCACUGCAACGUGGAAAUGAAACUUUCCUUUUCCGGGAACGCUUUAAAAUUCUUGAAACCUUUUCUCCCCCUCUGGCAUCUGUUGGUGCGAAGUUCCCAGGUUUAGAAGGGAUACAAAGAUGCUCUGAUUGAUUCAUCCUUUUUAUUUAAAGUCAACGAUAGUUUGGUGGCCUCCAGAUUCUUAACGCUGCCGUGGAAGCCAGCCGCAUCCCAUGAACUUCAAUCGGGAUGCGGAUUCCCUCUGUUUUUGAUCUUCAUUUUUUUCUCUCAAAGAUGAUGUGAUCUCAAAUUGUAAUUAUUUUUUUCUCUGAGCAGAGGAAACGCUACUUCUUGAGCUGGUUGUUCUUCUUAACAGAUUUUUGAAAAUUUCUGUAUACGUUACCGUUAAAAGUCGACAAUUUUUACACAGCGAUGAGAGAGAGAGAGAGAGAGAUUGAUUGAUCAGAGCCCAGGAGUUUAUAAAAUUUCAACAUUGCUGGAUAGCACGGAUUUUUAUUUUCAUUACCAGAAGACUAAGCUAGUGCUCCAUGGAGAGAGAACCCAUAGUCCUCCUCGCCUUGUUUUCAGUACUCUUUGUAUGACCUUUUUCCUGCGCAGUAUCUUUAACGUAGUUUGAAGUUUGGUUAUCCGUAAAUUUUGCGCAUUUAUGUAGAAAAUAUCUAACCUGACGCAAUGGAAGUUGACCUUUUCAUUCAGUACGAGCGAUUUCAUCGUCUCCAACUGGUAGCCGAUUUAAACCAUAAAUGGAAACAGCGCGUAUUAAAGACCUCGGUAUGUAAGUUACUCUCCGUUGUUUUGGAUUAUAUUUCUCAAAUAAAUUAGCCAUUCUGUAGCCUGAAAGAACCGUGCUUUGCAGCCCAUAACUCCGUCAGAACCCUGCGAAUGGUUGAAUAAGCUCUUCAUUGAUGUCUGGCCCAACUACAUGGUUCCCAAGCUCUCAAGAACGUUCUCAUCGAUCGUGGAGGUAAUUAUUCGUUCUGGGCUGUUAAUUUUCCCCCCUGAUCUUGUCCCCAGUGGAAAUUAUUCUCGCACGCCACCAUCCGACGUCGAUUAAUCUUCCUCGUCUAAUCUGUUCUUGGUUUCCGUGGCUCUGGUGUCUAUCAAACCACAUUCAAUGAAAAACUUUGUUUUUAGCGAAUUCCGCGCUUCUGUUAGUUCUGCUUAUCAUUCUCAUGGGGAAUCUAAAAUCGGAUAUCUUUGUCGAACAAAACUCGGAAAGAACCAGGUUUCUUGUUGGGUAAUUUACGUUAAUCCGACAUUCUUGGUGAACUUGUUCUUCAUUGGUGAUAACAUCCUCAAUUAGUGCAACGACACUAUUGAGGAAAGCCUGAGAUCCUACCCUCCCCCUCUCUAUAAAUCCCACCACAGAGAGAAACCAGGGCUCUCUGCUCUGCUCGCAGUUGAGGAGUUGCCCGGUUGGAAGGGAGACCUCUGCGUUUUCGCUGCUACCGAGGUCAUCUGAGCGGAGGCCCCCCUCCCCAGCUUCUCAGCUCCUCCCCUGUAGGGUACACUUGUUUUCAUCCUCCUUCCUUGCUCUCUCUCUCUCUCUCUCUCUCUCGCUCUCGCUCUCACUCUCUCGCCCGCUUGUAUUGGGGUUAUUCGAGUUAUUUGCUGGACUUGUCUGAGAGAGAGGGGGUUUUGUAGACCUCUGAAGCGCGCCACAGAAGGGGUGAGGGGUUGGGAGGAUCGGGGUUAAGGAAGCACGGUUUGCUUGGUCUUUCUGACUGAACCUUUUUCUGUCACAGAAAGGCUUGAAGAACAAGAAACCGGCUCUACUGGUAAGUUGCCUGAGUUCUUCUGGCGCUUCUUUCUAUCCGCCGGCGAAUUAUUUCGUUGACUGUCCCGUUUCUCGUGCAGGAUAAGAUUGAGUUGCAAGAAUUCUCGCUCGGGUCAUGCCCCCCAAUCCUGGGAGCCCAUGGUGUCCACUGGUUCACAUCAGGCGACCAGGUUAGGCUCUAUUCGUCAUCUUGAACAGUAAUUUGUGCCAACAGGAUACCAGUUUCUGAGGAUCACGAACUUGAAUCAGUUCAACAAAUUAGUCUGCGAUAUAUAAGAACUGUAAAUCCUACAAAUCUCUGUGCUUUCAUGUCUUUCUUUUGCGUCUUUUAUCCCUGAAAGAUCGUAGCUUUCAAUAACAUUCCCUUCAUUUCUCUACGUUAAGUUUGUAGUUCGAGUUAUUAUUCACUUCUUCUUUUUUCAAAAAUGAACUGAAAAUACUAAACAAAUGUCAAUAAUCGAUGCUAAGAAACGGCAAAUAUAGCGGGUAAACGCUGUACAUUUCAUUUUCUUCUUAAUCCAGCCGCUUUGAUGUUGUGUUGAGAUAAAUAUAGAUGCAAGCUUGUUAUUAUGAUGUUAUCAUUCAUUUAAUGAUAUCUAAUCACAGAGAGUCCUGAGGAUGGGCUUUGACUGGAUCACAAAUGAUAUGAGCAUCAUGCUGUUCGCAAAACUGGCAACCCCAUUAAUGGGCACUGCCAGGAUCGUCAUCAACAGCCUACACAUCAAGGGAAAUGUAUGUGUAACUCCACUCCGCUCGCAUGGUAUUCCGAUCAUCUUUUUCAAGUUCUUAGUACCGAAAAUAUACGUCGUCCAAGUGAUCAGUGAGAGAUGUCUGAAUUCAAUGUUAGAUCGAAAAAUAAACACUGUAGUAGAGUUCUAUGCCCGUGGGAAUCAUACCAGUAGUGAAUACGGAAUCAAACUCCAUGAGGAUUAGAAAAAACUAAUAUUCCUGUCACAGAGAGAUAUCUUCGGUUGACUGGUUCUUCCCCUCAAAGGCAAAAAAAAAUGAUCCGAGGGGAGUUCUCUGAAGACCACUUUCUCACGCUAGAAUUCCAAUUGAAGAAGCUUUUGUGUUGAAUCUUCUUAGACAUGUCAGAACUAAAGGCCGCUUGCAGUAAACCCAAGAGUAGCUCCUCGUCCAACACAGACGGACUAAUUGGGAGACGAUGAGUCAUGGGCUUGAUAAGUCAUGCAUAGAAGAUAGAUAGCCUUUGACGGCAAUGCUGAUAGAAGAAAACGACUGGUUUUUAGUACUAGAUGAACGCUCACCCGAAAGAAGGUUCGUUUCGGCUUCAAUCUCCUAACGUUCCUAGCUUUUUUUCUUCUCCCGCAGCUCCUGUUGAUGCCCGUCCUGGAAGGGCGUGCGAUCCUAUACUCCUUCGAAUCCACACCUGAAGUGAAAAUAGGAGUCGCAUUCGGAACCGGCGGGAGUCAGUCCCUUCCCGCGACGGAAUUACCCGGCGUUUCAACAUGGCUGGUUCUCCUCCUCCUCUCUCUCUCUCUCUCUCUCUCGAUCGAUCGAUCGAUCGAUAUAUAUAUAUCUGUGUAUCUCUAUCAUGCCUCCUUCCUCUUCUUCUUCCAGGUGAAGCUCUUUACCGACGCAUUGGCGAAGAAGAUGGUCGAGCCUCGGCGUGGGUGCUUCACCCUGCCACCGGUGAAUCUGAGGAAGAAGGCGGUGGAAGGGGUCCUCCAUGUCACGGUGAUGUCGGCCGAGCACCUCCAAGGGAGCAUCGUCAGGACGAACAGCGCAGAAGAUAAACAGAACCAGGUUAGAGGUGGGCCUCCUGGAGAAUCUCCGGGCAAGACGCUUCAGACGUUCGUUGAGGUGGAGAGCGGGGAGGUCAGCAGGAGGACGAAGGUGAGGCAGGGAUCGAGCCCCAGAUGGGAGGACAGCUUCAACAUGGUCUUGCGCAGGAAGUCGCAGGCUCUCAAGUUUCAUCUCUACCAGUGGAGAGAGAACAGCGUGAAGUUCGACUACCUCGCCAGCUGUGAGAUCAAGGUAGCCAGUCCGUAGGUUUAUUUUGCUGAGAUUCCUUUCAGUUUUCAUCUCAAAGAGCCAAGUAAACGUUUUUUUAUCACUGUUGUUGUCCUUGUCGUCAAUGGGCCGAUUAGUAGAGACGUUUCACCUCAAUUUGAUAGUAGUACUUUAGAAUAGUAUAUCGAUAUUGUUUUUAUAAAAACAGGGGGAUCCACUGUCGAUGCAUUUAUUGAUUAAAAAAAAGAUAGUUCAAACUAGGUGAGUUAGAUAGAGUUCACAGUACAUUGAUUCACCUCCUGCAUACUUUACUACUUAGCUGAAGGAAUCAUAAUACUAGGAAAAAUUAAAAAUAUAUAUCCUAUUUUUAUACAUCUUUUGGCAUUGGAUUUCGACAGUCUACUAAUGGAACAUACGUUUCUCCAUGGACAGAUUAGGUAUGUUGAGGAUGACUCUACAAUAUUCUGGGCUGUCGGCCCUGGAUCUGGUACACUAACCAAGAGGGCAGAUUGCUGUGGAAAGGAAGUCGACAUGGUUGUCCCAUUUGAAGGAAGCCAUGGUGGAGAGGUAAUUUAAAUACGGUGACGAAUGUUGUUUGAUCUAGCUGAAUUAAAUAGCCGUGGAUAAUUUUCGAAUUAGUUAUUUUUCUAUUUAGCUGAACAAACUAGCUAUGGGAAUUAUAAAAUCUGUGCUCUGAAUAUAGCUGCCUGACUGUUUAUUUCUCGAGUUUUCUUUUUUAAAAAUCGGGGAUUAAACCUUUAAAAUAUCCUUAUCUGUAAUUAUUUUGGGUUAAUGGCCCUCCAUGCGACUGAACUUUCAAGCAUCGUCUCCUUCCCAGCUAUCUGUGAAGCUCGUCCUGAAGGAAUGGCACUAUUCGGACGGUUCACACAGCUUGAACAGCACCGCCAGCAUUCUAUCUCAGCCAUCCAACUCUGGCUUUUCGAGCUUCCAGUUGGGGACUGGAAGGAAGGUCAAGAUGACCGUCAUAGAGGGCAAGAACCUGUUGACCAAAUCCGGGAAGUGCAGCCCUUACGUCAAGCUGCACUAUGGUAAGGUUCGUCAUCGUCGUCCCGUUGACUCCUGAUCUUCUCCCGCUUCCAAAGUUAUCUUGAAGACUCACCGCCCUUCACUCUCUUCUCCUCCUCUUCCUCCACCCUCUCCUUCUCUUUCUCCUUCACCAGACCAUCCACAAGACGAAGACCAUCCCUCAUGUCUGGGACCCCCUCUGGAACGAGCCCUUCGAGUUCGAUGAGAUCGGAGGGGGAGAGUACCUCAAGAUCACCUGCUACAACGAGGAUUUGUUUGGGGACGACCACAUCGGCAGCGCGAGGGUCAACCUCCAGGGCCUCGUCGAUGGUUCGGUCAGGGACGUCUGGGUCCCCCUCGAGAAGGUCACCACCGGAGAGCUAAGGCUUCAGAUCGAAGCCCGGAAGAAAGACAAAGCGGAAGGAUCCAGUGUACGAUGUCAGCAUAUUUCAUGUGCACCGCUCUGAAUCUGCCAUCCAUUGCUGUCAAAUGCUUCUUGUUCUUCGUCUAUUCAGUUUCUCUUCCGGGUUUUGGAGAAAGAUCGUGACUUUUUGCCGUUUUUUCAUGCCAUGGCCAGUGUUCGAGCAGGAGAACCGAGGCUGGGUUGAUUGAGCUGAAUAUCAUCGAAGCUAGGGACCUCAUUGGAGCUGAUUUGAGGGGAACCAGCGACCCCUACGUCCGGGUGCAGUACGGAAGCGUGAAGAAAAGAACUAAGGUCAAUCUCUCAUUGCCUCGAUUGAGGACCAUUCUAUAUAUAGCUGGUUUCGUCCAAGCACCCUUCUUUUUCCUUUUCUGGCCAAAAUUUGGAUAUAUUCGAGUUCGCGAAACCAUUGGUUACUGUGCCGUCGGUCUUCAAAGAUCUCCACGCAUCGUCUUCUACCAUCUACCAUUCCCCCCUGCGUACGAUGCUCCUAUGAACAGAAAGAAUUAGGUCACCAUUUGCUGAGGAUCCUUCAUGAAGGAUCCUCUGCGACGCAGCUCCCCCAACAUGAGGUCUUGGAAAUGGAAGACUGACGCCAGGAAACAUCAUCUUUUUCGUAAUUCAUCGAUCAUUAGGGUUAGCCGAGAUAGUUUAGAGGAAUACGACCAUGUGUUUGUUCAUCUUGACCAAAUGUGUUUUUCCGAUUUUCGUUCGGAUGGUCUUCUCUGAUCUCGAAUGCCAUUUGCAGGUAAUUCAUAAGACGUUGAAUCCUGUGUGGAACCAGACGCUUGAAUUUCCCGACACCGGCGGCCAGCUGAACCUGCACGUGAAGGAUUACAACGCCCUGCUCCCGACGUCGAGCAUCGGACACUGUAUGGUGGAGUAUGAAAGCAUAGGGCCUAACCAAACGGCUGACAAAUGGAUACCCCUCCAGGGAGUGAUGAACGGGGAGAUCCACGUACAGAUAACCAGGAAAGUUCCCGAGCUGGAGAAGAAAUCAAGCAUGGACGGCAGCACGUCCUCCUCCGGAGGAGCCCGUGAAAUCUCUAAUCAGGUGAGGAAGCAGCCUCCGAGGAUCUCAGGGACACAUUUAAAUUCAGUUAUUUACGUAGUCAUGCGUUCCAAUCGACAAUUCAUCGUCAAGGAGUUUCUGGGUCGUGAUUUACUAUCGUUCUUCGAUUUUUUUCCUCGUUUGAAUGCCCAGAAACGUCCUCAUUUACGGUUGCUGGUCAUGGAGUUUCAGGGUCGUGAUUUACUAUAGUUGUUCGAUUUUUUUCCUCGUUUGAAUGCUCAGAAACGUCCUCAUUUACGGUUUCUGGUCAUGGAGUUUCAGGGUCGUGAUUUACUAUCGUUCUUCGAUUUUUUUCCUCAUUUGAAUCCCCAGAAACGUCCUCAUUUACGGUAGCUGGUCAUGGAAUUUCUGGGUCGUGGUUAAAUAUCGUUCUUCGAUUUUUUACUCACUUGAAUGCCCAGAAACAUCCUCAUUUACGGUUGCUCGCAUGUGCUUUCAUCCUUCUUUCACUAGUCGACUGAGCUUCUGAAGAAGCUUCAGAGCUCACUGAAGGGCGGGGACUUGGAGAGCCUUCCUCUUGCUUUAGCCGAGCUCGAGAGCAUCAAGGAUGAACAGGAUGAGUACAUGUGGCAGCUUGAGACGGAGAAAGCGUUGUUGCUGGAAAAGAUUUCUGAGCUCUACCGGGAGAUCAAUAACACAUCACCCUCCCCGACCAGGAAGGCCCUCAAAAAUUGA